UUUCCUAUUAUUUGCGCAUGUAGGUACAUGAUUCCAUUUGCUCAACGUUAGAAUGUAGUAAGACAUUCAUUUGCAUUGUAACUUGAACUAUAGAUCUCAAGUACGUCUAUCUAAAUCGAAGGUCAAAAUCAAAAUUUCAUCUAGCUGACAGGUCAUUUUCAUGAGUUGUUUUGCAUGUUUUUCAAAUAUCAUUAGUUUUAAAAGAAUUUCGUCUUAUACAUUAUCGAAGACAAAGACGUGCCCGCUCCUCCUCUUUCGAUUGGUGAAAACCGCAGGUAGCUAGGUAUUGCGGUUGUCGAGCUAUUGAGCUUACACUCACCCCUCUUUUAUUCUGGCGCGGACAUUAGUUAAAUUUUUCAGUCAGUAGUUGAGAUGUGCGAGACGAAUUUCAAUCCCAGAGAUUGAGACUAUCAGAAAAAAAUUUGUUCCAAUCGGUACUAAAGACUAUAGUUCUAAGCAAAUUAUCUUAUAAAUCAAACAAUGAGUGUUGAAGAUUUUUCUUAGAAGUUAUCGAAGUGAAGAAAAACUUUAGUUUCACAUAUCUUCAGUCAGUAAUUAAAAUAAAUCUGGUCUAAUACACUUGGUUUCAGAAGAAUAUGAUAAUGAAAUAUUCACAUGUAAAAUAACUAUGAAAUUAUAAAUUGAACUUUCUUAUCAGACAACGUUUUCAACUGAUUAAUCGUUUUCUCGCUGAAAGUUAAUGGAUUGGAAUGUAACCAUGACGAAUCCUCACAGGUCUUUAUACACUGGUUUUCAGACGAACAAACUCUACUCUAAGAAUUUCUUUUGAUCUGUCCAGAUUAUAGAGCAUAUCAAAUUGUCUAGAAAACACAUCCAUUCAAAUUCAUACAAUAGAUACAUCUCAAUAUUUGAACGAGAAAAUCUCCUAGAUGAUAUUAUUUUGUUUUAACCUCAUUUUUAGACAACAGAAAAUAUUAUUGACUUAUACAUUCUAUAAUCUUAGUCAAUCUAAAAUGAUUUUAGAAAAAUAUUCGUUAGUCUGGAAAACCAGUAUAUAAAAACCGAAGACAAUUUUUCAUGGUCAUAUUCGGAAUCAGUAUGGUGAUUUAUAAAUUGAAAACAUUUCUUCUUCUCGACAUGUUUAUUUUUCUUUACUGAAUCAUUAUUGAAAAUCUUAGUUCCGCCUUUAUAAUUUCAUGUUCUUUUAGUCAGCAGCUGCUGCAGCUGCAACUGCGUUUCAACAACAACAGCAAAUGGCACUUAAAAAUGCACCGACUCUAGUACCAACAGCCAAUGUUGCACCUACAGCUGGACUUCUUCAUGCAUAUCCACCUGCACCAUUACCUAAUCAACCUUAUCUUUUACCAAAUCAUCCUCAAUUUGGUUAUUAUCCAUUCUAUCCAACACCUUAUGCACCAUAUCCAACUUCAUGGGCUGCUGCUGCUGCUGCUGCAUUAGCUGCUUCGAAUCCUUUCCUACAACCUCCAACAUUAGCACCACCACAACCAACAACAUCUUCAUUACCACCUACAGCAAAUAUCAAUGAUCCUACUCGACUUCCAGAUGCAGUUUCGGAUAUUAAUGGUGAAAAUACAGUGAUGUCUUCUGCUAACUUUCCAAAUCCAACAACUGAUCAUUUACAAAGUGCUCAAUUAGCUGCUGCUGUAGCACCAUUUCUAUAUGCGGCUCAUCCUUCUCAUGCAGCAUUUGUUGCCCAAGCAUCAUCAACAACAUCACCUUAUGCAACUAUACCACCCUAUCAUCCAGUACCGCCACUUCCAACAAUUAUUCCACGAAAUCAGGCAUCUCAAACCUUUCCAACUUCACAUACCAUUUCAAAUAAUACAAAUGACAUACAAACAUCACAUCAAGUACCUAUACUUACAUCACCAAAACAUGACACAACAAAAAAUCUCAAUCAACAAUCAUCAUCAUUAAUAUCAACGACAAAACCAAAACCUUUAGUUACAACAGUAGUUAAUGAUAUUAAUAAUGACUUAUCAAAAUCAACACAAGUUACAGAUUUAAUAUCAUCAUCACCACUUAUAACAACAUCUGACUUACUUCCACCAUCACUUAUUUCACCUAUAAAUAUAAAUGUAACAAAUCCUUCAACAACAUCAUUAACUGAUAUAUGGACAUAUACAACAAGUGGUUCACCAUUAAAUUUAACUCAAACAGCACAAACAGCUGCUGUUACAGCUGCAGCUGCAAUAAGUUUAUUAAAUAAUGAAAAUAGUCAAAAUACUGAAAUAGCUAAUGAAAUUCUUAAAGAAUUAACAACACCAACAAAACAAAAUAAAGCAGAUCUGUCAGUCUGGCUUGAUCAUCCAUAUCAAGAAGAUUUUACACCUGAAUCAAUUGAAUCAGUUAAAACAACAAUUCUUGGUUCUUGUUUUAAAGCUAUUGUCACUGGUUAUCAUUAUGAUAAUACACCAUUUAUUCAAUUAACAAAACGUCAUGGACAUUCACGUCCUAUUAAUAUUGAUAUUCAAAAAAUGAUUAAUAAUCAACAACAAACAUCAAAUGUUAAUGAAUCAAUAUUAACAAAUAAUUCGAAUUCUUUAUCAACGAAUCAAGUAGAACAAUCUGUAUUAGAUGCAUCAAUAGUAUCAUCAACAUCAAAUUCUGAUAGUUAA